AUGGAUGGACAGACAGCGUUUGGAAGAACAUUUGUUUGGGUUAAUGGUGCAUCGGCUCAUUCCCAGAGUGUUGCUAAGGCCAAGUACGAAUUUUUAUUUGGUGGAUCAGAAAAUGACACAACUCCAGAAUCUGGUGGCCAUGGAGGCAGCACUAAUGAACUCCCGGAAUACGGGAUCGUGGAAGAAGAUGCCAAAGCUUGGGAGGCAUCAUCUGCGAUUCACGGAGAGGCUAUAACAUGUGCUCCAGAUGGUCGGCCAAGUGACCAGCUGCUGCCGAGGCCUCUUGAGAAUGCCUCAUCAUCAUUGGUUGGCUUGCCUGAGAGCUCUUGCAGUGGAUCGUGGGACAGCCUUAGGCCUUUAGCUUCACUGGCUGAGGGUGAAGAGGAUGAAGUCUUUGUAGAAGAAGGAGAAAAAGAAGAAAAGAGCUUGGAUGGAGACAGGAGAUCUGUGCUAAACAAGGACAGUUCAAUGGAGGAGGAAGAAGCGGUCCGUGGAAGAGUGGAAGAUGUCCUUGGGCAACAAGACGACGAAGUCUCAGUAGAUGUGUACAGCUCACAGUUUGAAAGCAUUCUAGACAAUGCCUCUUUAUAUUAUAGCAUCGGGUCGCUGGAGACUUUAUGUUCAGAGCCCGAUAGCUACUUCAACUUUGAAAUGCCACUUACUCCGAUGAUCCAGCAAAGCAUCAAGGAGGAUGCUCAGUUUUUAGAAGGGACUCCAGGCGGGGAGGCCAGGAAGGGCCAUUGUGGUGGCAUCACCAAUGGAAUCGGAGAUAUGAAGGAGUCCGACAUCAUCAAGGCCUCUCCCUUGAAGAGCAAUGCAAGACUGGAUGGCCCAACACCAUUAGAAGCCACAGGGGACAUGGGUAGCAAUGACCUUUUGGGAAAAGAGGCGCACGAGCCCUUGAGUCACGAUCUCAUCAACAGCACCACCAACGGCAAUGUGGACGCAGCCCAGAGGCUGGCACGACGCCUCUACCAGCUGGACAGAUUCAAGCGGUCUGACGUACCAAAGCACUUGGGCAAAAAUAAUGAAUUCAGCAGGCUCGUAGCCGAGGAAUACCUUAAAUUCUUUGAUUUCACAGGCAUGUCUUUGGAUCUCUCCCUCAGGACAUUCUUCAAAGCUGUUUCCCUUAUUGGAGAAACUCAGGAAAGAGAGAGAGUUCUAAUUCACUUCUCUAAUAGAUACUACCAGUGCAACCCAAAUGCCAUCUCCACAAAAG